GCAAGAAUGAGCCGACGAUAUUUAGGCCGACAACACCUCUUUGAAGUUUGACCUGAAAUUAUUUAUGUAUAUACUGUAUCUAGAAAGCUAAAUUCUAUAGUUGAAUAUUUCGAUGAAGACUAGCAGGGCCAUACAUUACUAGAAUAAUAAAAAUUUCGCUGGCGAUCAUGAAUGAAUGAAUGAAAAAGACCGAAGCAGUAGCUGCACAAUGACAAUGAACAUGGAAACGAGUAAAAAAGCAACUUUUGCAGACUUUAAGUUGUUUGUGUCAAAUUGGUACGAUGAACACAUACCCAUCAAUAUGCUGAAAGUAUUAUUCAAGGACCAUGUAGAAAAUACUUUUGCAUUACAUAUUUCUUCUAAGACAAUAACCUUAAUGAAUAUGCUGAUAACAUCUGGAAGUUUGAGUCCAACAGACCUCACUCUCCUCUAUGAUACUAUUAAGGCAACAAAGCAGUUUGGUCUGGAACAAGAAAUUCAAAAUGAAAUGCCAUCAUUUCAACUUGCCAAAAAUAUCAGGGAUAACGUAAUUACAAAAUUCACAGUGCAUCGGCAAAGACUUGUAAAGCUGGGAAUGGCGCUCACUCCAAGUGAUGUACAAAAGAUCAGUGAUCUGUGUGAAGUAAAACAUACAGAUAGCUGGAGUUUGAUUAUGGAUCUAGAACACAACAUGGUCAUUUGUGAAGAGGACAUGACAGCAUUCAUUGAAAAGUUGAAGAAACAUAAACUCUACCAAGCCGUGAAAGCUCUAACAGAAGACAUUCCAACUCCAAAGUCAUCUUCAAACACAAAACAACCAAGAGACAUUCCGAAUACACCUUCAAACUCAGGGAAUAGAUUUGGUGAAGACAUUCCAAAUGCAUCUUCAAACUCAGGAAAUAGAUUUGGUGAAGAUAUUCAACUGACAUUAACCCAGCGGAAGCGGAAAAAAAGAGAAAGUGAUGAAGAGGAUGGAUCAUCUGAAAUGGAUCCCCUUUAUUUAGUUAAUCAACUCACAAAAAAUAGGGACAAUAUGAAAAUAAAAGAUAUUGAAGAGAUUUCAUCAAAAGUUGAAGAGCUUCAUAAUUAUUUCAAGAAUAUGUCUAUAAGAUUAAAGGGAACAGCAAAUGGAUCUAUAGUAUUUCAUCUAUCUGUAUAUGAUCCAAAUGCUUUGAUGAAUCUAUUUGAAAUCAAUUUUAGUGGGGAACUUAUCAAAGAUUUGGCUCAAAUAUUAGUCCAAGAGAAACAUCAGCAGGAGUUCUUGGAUGAAUGGAUGACAUGCAUCGAUGAAAAUGAAUACAAAUCUGCACUCACAAAGCUGCAAGGAAAUGGUCAAUGCAGUUCAAUGUUUAGUAUCAUAAGUGAUGAUAUUGACUGGGAGAAAGAACUGAUAAAGGACUUAAACCGAAUAAGACCAGAAUUAAAGUUCACCAUCAUGAAGAAGUGGCGAGUAACCAAGCCGCAAACUAUUGAUCAUUUAAUAGGAGAAGGCAGGAAAAUAAUCAUUGCAUUUUCAGCAAGACCACUGAUGGAUUAUUCCAAGUAUGCUGCACACAGUGUUGUUAUAGAAAUGCUGGAGGCAAAAACACUUGAUGAUGCUAAGAUAAUACCAGUCAAGAUAUCGGAAGAUGCUAUUGUACCAUCUGAGUUUGAAUUAUUCACAUCGUUGAAUUUUUGGGAAAAAAAAUUCAUUGAUAAAUUAUUAGAAGGUUGUGGUGCAGACAGUAAGUCUGUUGUAUUCCAUCUUUCUGUGUCUGAUGCUAAUGCACUGGAAAAUCUACGAGAUAUACAUUUGAGUGGUGACCUCAUCCAAGAUUUGGCGGGAGUAUUAGUGCCAGUAGAUCAACAGGAGGAGUUUGUUGAGAGAUGGUCAUCAGGAUUAGAUGAGAAGCAAUACCAAGCUGCUCUGAGUAGGCUGAAGGCAAAAGGCGGCUCAUAUCAUCUCUGUAUCGUAAGUGACGACAUAGAGUGGGAAAAUAAGUUGAUGGAGGACUUACAACACAAGAGACCAGAAUUAAAGUGCACCAUUUUGAAAAAAUGGAAGCCUGAAACUAUUAAUAAUGUAGUAAUAGAGAGCAGAAGAAUUAUUAUUGCAUUUUCACCAAAACCAUUGACUGAAUAUUCUAAAUAUGCUGCACACAGUGUUGUUAUAGAAAUGCUGAAAUCAGAAACACUUAAUGAUGCUAAGAUAAUACCAGUCAAGUUAUCAGAAGAUGCUGUUGUGCCAUUUGAGUUUGAAUUAUUCACUAUCAUCAAUGCCUGUGAAGAAAACUUUGUUGACAAGGUUCUGCAAGAUUUAGAUGAGUGUGAGACAGAAAGUGAGACACAUGGUGUACCAUCCCCUGCCACCUUUAAAGAUACUUCUGAACAGUUAUCAAGUGAAGAACAGAAGACACUGCUUUUGGGAUCAAGUGAAACAAUAAUCAUGGAGACUCAAAAAAGUGACAUGCCUGAUGUGCCAUCCAUUAUGACCUUUAAAGGGUCAUCUGAAAAAUUGUCAAGUGAUGAAAUCAAGACACAGCUAGAGGGAACAAGUGAAACUAUAACAGAGAUUCAAAAAAGUGACAGGCCUGAUGUGCCAUCCACUAUGAGCCUUGAAGGAACAUCUGAAGAACUGUCAAGUGAUGAAAACAAGGCUCAGCUAGUGAGACCAAGUGAAAGUCAAUCUGACGUAAUAACUUCUGAAGAUUUUCAAUUAACUUAG